AUGGAUCGCCGUUUUGUGCGAUAUCUUUUAGUUACCAAGCAUAUUUUGAAGAAAGCGAAGUUUGCCUCGGAUAUGUUGCAGAAGCCAACCAAUGAUCUAUCCAAUGCAAUUGACCUUAUUGCAUCUCUUAACGAGGAAGUAGACGCCUGCCACUCACGAACGAAAUGCCAGCAGUUUUGGGAUGAAGCUGAAGAUGUUGCCGACUGUUUAAACCUACCAGACGAUGUACGACCAGUUCGAAACAGAUGACCGCCAGCGGCUUUACGGGAUUUUUAUGUGGAAGCUAACAUCGAAGAGAAUCUCGGACAAGCAGGUUUCGAUGAAUUCAUUCGGGACAUUUACGAAAUGGUAGACAAUGUAAAUGCAGAACUUAAAAAGAAGAUUUGACGAGAAGAACAUUGUUAUAAUGCAAGGUGUUACUUCAUUGUUACCCAAGUUCUUCCAGCUUCCUAGAUGAAGAUUCGCUUGUGGCUUUUGCAAAGUUAUUUAAUGUCAAUACCGAUUGCCUACGCUGCGAAAUAGCAACCUUUCAUCACUUGCUUAAACAAAAGGACAAGGAAGAUCACCCAAAAGGACUUCUUCAGAUGCUAUCUUACCUGGUGACAUUAAAGGAAGCAUUCUCUGAGCUGCAUUGCAUUGUUCUGAUUGCCUGUACUUUACCUGUUUCAUCAGCUGAAUGUGAAAGAAGUUUUAGUUCAAUGAAGCUGAUAAAGAAUGAACUCCGUUCAGUAAUGAAACAGGAACGUCUGGACAGCCUUAUGAUGUUGGGAAUUCACCGCGAGCGUGGAGAAAAACUGGACUUAGAUAACGUAGUAGAUAGGUUCAAGGCCAGAUUUCCCAACUGCAGAAUUUCACUUUGA